AUGGCGUGGUUCUACACCGAGAGGGGACCUCCAUGGAAGCGCGGGUGGACGCAGCAGACGCUGUCCUCCAUCUCCUUCCCUCCUCCACAGCUCAUCGCCGUCUUCGCCAUCGUCGUCCUCUUAUUGUCCAUGUCGUGGCACGUGGACUACAAGACGCAGGUGCGGCGCGCCGAGGCCGGAUUCCGGCUGCUGAUGCUCUUCCUCCCGGUGGCGCUCAUCUUCGUCGCCCGCUACAUUAUCUUGGACGGGAGGUUCGUGUUCCAGUUGCCUUGGCCGGGCCAGGAGGACAUGCGCCGUGCGCAGAGCUCGCCGUGGGGGGUAGCGGUGUUGGUGGGAUUGCUGCUGGUGAUGGCCUCUUAUCAGCCCUCGUUCCAUUCUCAGUGGCUCAGGCCAUGGAGGGUUGACUAGGCCACACAGGCCAUGUUGGUUGGUGCAGUAGCCGCUGUGCUUGCCUUGGAGGAAGUUACUGUAAGCAUAAAUAUAUGUAAUUAUGUUAUGUUAAUAAUACGGAAAUAACCUAAAUGUCACGAUUGAAAUCAAUGCAUAGAUCUAAUUAUA